AUGGAGUUGCUACUGAACGAUGGGUACACACAGGAGGAGAAAAACUGCGUGGAAAUUAACCAAACUGAUGAUUUCAUCAACCAAGAAAACGACAUACACAUAAGUGUUGUAAAGCCAAUUACCAAGCGCACCAUUUAUUCAGAAUGUGAGCAGAUAAACGCAUUUUACAAACCAGUAGAGUUGGUGGAAGAGGUUAAUACGUAUGUCAAAAAAGGAGAGGAGUAUCUCGUGAAAUUGUAUGAAAAUUUGAAGCACGAGCAAAAAAGAGAAAAUGAAGAAGCCAUGAAAAGAGGGACAAAUUCGACUCCAACGAUGGGACCACGCUUAGGGCAGCUUUACAACACCAAGUACACAAAUGAAAAGGGGGGAACUACAGAGCAACCUACAACUAACCUAUUUAAAGAUGAGAGUGAAUAUGCUGGGCCCAAGUUCGAAACAGUGUUCGUUCCCAAAUUAAAUAAAAACAUCGAAAUUGUUAACUGUUUGAAGGAGAACGUCAAUGUUGAUUACACCUACUUGGUUCCCAAGCCCGUUGUCAUACCUGUUCAAGUCCCCAUGUUAAAAUUUAGAGAUAAUUUUAAAAUAGUUCCCAUUCGUAAGAAAAUAAUCCCCGUAAUCAGGUACACUGAUGAGGUUGUCUACGUGGACUGUUGUGUUGAGAAGCCCUAUAUCGUUUACGAGAAUAUCAUCGCGCCUGUUCCGUGUGACGUCCCCAUAGAAGAGCGGAAGUACAUCGACCACGCCCCUCCUGUGUGA